GCUGGGCCUGCCCAGGGGUGGCACUCGCGGCCUCUUGGUCCUCCACGUCGAGUGGCUCCCGCGACCCGGGUCGUCCUCCGCAGAGGGCAGCGUCCUCUCUCGGACCCGGCUCGUGGUGCACGAUCUUCCCAGCAGGAGGACCCCGCUCCAGGGAUGUACAUGCAGGUGGAGACGCGCACCAGCUCCUGCCUCCAUCUGAAGAGGGCUCCGGGCAUCCGCUCCUGGUCCCUGCUGGUCGGAAUCUUGUCGACUGGCCUGGCUGCUGCCUACUACAGCGGAGAUAGUCUAGGCUGGAAGCUCUUUUACGUCACAGGCUGCCUGUUUGUGGCCAUACAGAAUUUGGAAGACUGGGAGGAAGCCAUCUUCAACAAGAGCACCGGGAAGGUUGUCUUAAAAACAUUCAGCCUCUACAGGAAGCUGCUGACUCUUCUCAGAGCAGGCCAUGACCAAGUGGUGGUCCUGCUGAAUGAUAUCCAGGAUGUGAAUGUGGAGGAGGAGAAGGUCCGGUAUUUUGGGAAGGGCUACAUGGUGGUGCUCCGGUUUGCAACAGGCUUCUCCCACCCCCUUACCCAGAGUGCAGUCAUGGGCCACCGCAGUGAUGUGGAAGCCAUCGCCAAGCUCAUCACCAGCUUCCUGGAGCUGCACCGGCUGGAGAGCCCCUCAGAGCGGUCUCAGAGCAGCGAUAGUGAGACUGACGGCCCCAGCAAUCAAAGCUGACAGCCCAGCAAGGCUGCGGUGAACACUAUCUACAGUGUCCCCUUGGCCACAGCUUCUGACAGUGUCUGCAGCUAACUGGCCAGGCAGAUCUUGGAUACCUGCCUAUGGCUCCCUGGCAGCCUUAGGUGGACCACCUGCCUCUUGCUUGUGAUGCUGCUGCUUCUACCCUGCACAGAACUACAGGCUGGACCUCCUCAAUGGCCCAGAAGGGAUGGGCUGGGUCUGUCAGGAUGCAGUGCUCAGGAAAGGUCAAGGGACAUGGAGCUCAGAAAUCAGUGCCUCUUUUAAUUGGUUAGCAGCUCCCUGCUUGGAUAGUGUGGGGUGAGGGCAACAAGCAGUGUGACCUGGUCUGGACAAGCCCACCCCAAAGCAAGUGAAACAGGAUGCCCUGGCUUUGUCCAGCACUGGGCCAGGGCCUGGCCUGGAGUUCAGAGCUUGGCUUACAGGGAGAACUUGAUGUCUGCAUGUGUGUGGGGAGGGCCUUGCCGCUCUGUAGAAACCACACCAGUAUGCUGCUAUUGGGAAUCCUGGCAUCUCCUUUCCCUGCCCAUCCUCUGUGGUUGGGCUUCCUGCUGAGGGCAGCUCUGGCUGCUAGGGUGGGGGUCAGGUGCUGGCUGUGUGGGCUGCAGUGCUCUCAGAGGCUGCCUCUUCCUAAGGAUCUGCUGAUGCCAGGAAAAUCAGCAUGCUGACCCUGUCCAGAUGGCUUAUCUUAGAUCCCACCAGGACUGCAGUGCAGCUGUGGACCAUGGGAGGGCCUCAGCAGAAGCCACUUGUGGAGGAGAGAGGUCACCCAUCUAGCAUCCUGCAGUGCCCAAAGAUUGGGAGCUCUUGCAGAACCAAGAAACAAACUUCUGAAUCUCUGGGAUACUGGAAGCUAGGAAUGGUGGUGCAUGCUUAGAAUCCCAGUUCUUGGGAGGCUGAGACAGGAGGAUCUAGAGUUUAAGGCCACACAGCAAGACCCUGUCUUAAAAACAAAAGGACAAAAGACCUGCAGGAGUGGCCCCACCUUUUGUCUACAGCACCCCUCCUAGAAGCUGGUGUCAACUGCUGAUAACCCACACCUGCUCUGCUGGUCUUCUGAGUGCCCUCAAGGUGUAACGUGCAUUAAGAGAGCCCCGCUUGGCCUGAGAGCUGUGGACCCUUGGUCUGCCCCCAGGAGGCUGUGUACUUAGGCAUGGCCAGGUAGAACUGGGAAAGUGCAGCGUCACUCAGACAUGGGCUGAGGCUGCCUUGAGGCCAUGGCACCUUGGGCAGGGCAGGUCUUCCUGCUUAGCAGUGGCUGCCUACAAGCCCUGAUCUGGGAGGCAUGGUCCUUUAAACAAGUCAAAGUCAGCUACUUC